AUGGAAUCACAAAACUCUUUGCUAUUCUCAUCUUUGGAAGAAGUGUUGGCGCCAACAGUGGUGCCUGCCGCUCGAAGGUGGAAUUGCAAAUAUGUAGAUUCAUUUCAAACUCAUUUAAAUAUGACAAUGUUUGUGCAUUUGCUUAAAAUCCAACGCAGAGUAAGUGGAGGCGAAAUAUUUCGAAAUAAUAACGCACGAAAAAAUCUCUCUCGAUUGUUAAACGAAAGAGUAAGAGUAGAGUAUGCUUAUAAUUUAAGGCAAAAAACAUCACACAUUAAUGACAAUCGAGAGGACUCCCGAUAUACUGACGGCUCUUAUCAAUUUACCAGAGAAGCAAAUUCCGAUCGAGAAUUAUCUGUGCGUACUGAGGAGCGCGAUAACCGAAACAGAUUAACUGAAUACGAAAAUAAAAUGCAGGAGCAAUCACGUCGUAAUAAUAACCGAGAAGAAUCUCGACGUACUGAUGAACGCGAUAAUGAACUUCAAAUAACUGAACUAGAGGACUUAAGACAAGAGCAAUCACGUGGUAAUGAUGUUCGAGAAAAAUCUCGACGUACUGACGAACGCGAUAAUCAACUCCGAAUAACUGAACGAGAGGACUCAAGGCAAGAGAAAUCACGUCGUAAUGAUGAUCGAGAAUCUCGACGUACUGAUGAACGCGAUAAUCAACUCCGAAUAACUGAACGAGAGGACUUAAGGCGAGAGCAAUCACGUCGUAAUGAUGAUCGAGAAGAAACUCGACGUACUGAUGAACGCGACAACCUCCGUAGAUUAACUGAACGAGAGGAUUUAAAGCGAGAGCAAUCACAUCGUAAUGAUGAUCGAGAAGAAUCUCGACGUACUGAUGAACGCGACAACCUCCGUAGAUUAACUGAACGAGAGGAUUUAAGGCGAGAGCAAUCACGUCGUAAUAAUGACCGAGAAGAAUCUCGACGUACUGAUGAACGCGACAAUCUGCGCCGAUUAACUGAACGAGAGGAUUUAAGACGAGAGCAAUCACGUCGUAAUGAUGAUCGAGAAGAAUCUCGACGUACUGAUGAACGCGAUAAUCAACUUCGAAUAACUGAACGAGAGGAUUUAAGGCGAGAGCAAUCUCUUCGUAAUGAUGACCGAGAAGAGUCUCGAUGUGCUGAUGAACGCGACAAUCUGCGCCGAUUAACUGAACGAGAGGAUUUAAGGCGAGAGCAAUCACGUCGUAAUGAUGACCGAGAAGAAUCUCGACGUACUGAUGAACGCGACAACCUCCGUAGAUUAACUAAACGAGAGGAUUUAAAGCGAGAGCAAUCACGUCGUAAUGUUGACCGAGAAGAAUCUCGACGAACUGAUGAAUGCGAUAAUCAACUCCGAAUAACUGAACGAGAGGACUUAAGGCGAGAGCAAUCACGUCGUAAUGAUGACCGAGAAGAAUCUCGACGUACUGAUGAACGCGACAACCUCCGUAGAUUAACUGAACGAGAGGAUUUAAGGCGAGAGCAAUUACGUCGUAAUGAUGAGCGAGAAGAAUCUCGACGUACUGAUGAACGCGACAAUCUGCGCCGAUUAACUGAACGACAGAACUCACGUUCGGAGCAAUCAUUUCGUUAUAACGGAGAAGUAUCUCGACGUAUUGACGAAAGCGACAACCUACGUCGAUUAACUGAACGAGAAAGUUUACGACAGGUGCAGUUACGUCUGAAUGAUAAACGUAGUGGUCAAUACGACAACUUACGCCGAUUUAUGGAACGCGAUGACUCAAGACAAAAAUCACGUGACAAGGAUAAUGUAGGGCAAUCCCGACGUUUCUUACAAUCUGAUGUUGAAUAUAGAGGCAAUAGCGCUACUCAACAAACCUACGAGGAAGUUUCUAUCAACACAUUUAAGAAUAUUAAGCGAAAUUACAUACUCCAGAGCUUAUUUUUGGCUAUUAUCAUAAUGAAACUUUUAUCUGAUAAUCUCAAAACUAAGCUUUAUAUUAAUAAAUUCAAUCAGGCUGUGAAAUUAGUUGGAUUUUAAUGGAUAAUCUCUUUGCGGAAUGAAUCGUCUUGUAUUGUAUAUAAAAUAACACUGAAGACAAGAAAAUAAUAUGAUAUACCCAUGAGCAACACGUUUAACAAAGAUUAUAUAUGUAUAUAUAAAUAUAUUAAAAUGUUAUUUGAAAAAUAUGUUAAAUAA